UAAUAAUUUUCUUUCUAGGCCUGUCAAAAUUUGCGAAACUAGCCCGAUCGGUGACGAGAAGUCGUUCAGUGCUGGUCUCGCAAUUUUCGUCCCAUCUGCCCAACCUCAAGGACACGACCAAGCAGUCUCACUUGGCUCAAAUGAUGAGUUUGAGCGCUGACAUCAUGCCCCAGUACCGACAAGAGGCUCCCAAGACGCCCCCGCACAUUCUGCUCCACUACUGCGCUUUCAAAGCCAUCUGGGAUUGGAUUAUACUCUGUUUGACUUUUUAUACCGCUAUUAUGGUUCCUUACAAUGUAGCAUUUAAGAAUAAGACGUCAGAAGACGUUUCUCUGCUGGUUGUGGACUCAAUUGUCGAUGUGAUAUUCUUUAUUGACAUAGUUCUUAAUUUUCACACGACCUUCGUCGGCCCCGGAGGCGAGGUCGUGUCAGAUCCCAAGGUCAUCAGGAUGAACUACCUUAAGAGUUGGUUCAUCAUCGAUCUACUCAGCUGUCUGCCCUACGACGUGUUUAAUGCUUUCGAUCAUGAUGAAGACGGCAUCGGAAGUUUAUUUAGUGCUCUAAAAGUAGUGAGGCUUCUGCGAUUAGGAAGGGUAGUACGAAAACUGGAUCGGUACUUAGAAUACGGAGCUGCCAUGCUGAUCCUUCUUCUGUGUUUCUAUAUGCUGGUAGCUCAUUGGCUCGCGUGUAUAUGGUACUCAAUAGGAAGAUCUGACGCGGACAACGGAGUUCAGUACAGUUGGCUGUGGAAAUUAGCGAAUAUUACCCAAAGUCCGUAUUCGUACGUUUGGGCUAAUGACUCAAGUACUCCGGAGUUGAUCAAUGGACCUUCAAGGAAGACCAUGUACGUCACCGCAUUAUAUUUCACCAUGACUUGUAUGACGUCGGUAGGCUUUGGCAACGUCGCAGCCGAGACUGACAACGAAAGAAUUUUCACUAUUUGCAUGAUGAUUAUCGCUGCGCUGCUCUACGCCACCAUUUUCGGCCAUGUCACUACGAUUAUCCAGCAAAUGACCUCGGCCACGGCCAAGUAUCACGACAUGCUCAACAACGUGCGGGAGUUUAUGAAGCUGCACGAGGUCCCUAAGGCCCUAUCGGAGAGGGUGAUGGACUACGUUGUAUCAACGUGGGCAAUGACCAAAGGCUUGGACCAGGAUAAGGUGUUAAAUUUUUGUCCAAAAGACAUGAAAGCCGACAUCUGCGUCCACCUAAACCGCAAAGUCUUCAACGAACACCCAGCUUUUCGCUUAGCCUCCGACGGUUGUCUUAGGGCCCUCGCCAUGCAUUUCACCAUGUCCCAUUCCGCUCCAGGAGACCUGCUCUAUCAUACGGGAGAAUCCAUCGAUUCCUUAUGCUUUAUCGUAACCGGGUCUCUGGAAGUCAUCCAAGACGACGAGGUGGUGGCCAUAUUGGGCAAGGGAGAUGUUUUCGGAGACUCGUUUUGGAAAGACAACGCAGUAGGCCAAUCGGCAGCGAAUGUCCGCGCUUUGACCUACUGCGACUUGCACACCAUCAAAAGAGAUAAACUCCUGGAAGUAUUAGACUUUUACCAAGCGUUCGCGAACAGUUUCGCUAGGAACUUAAUAUUAACGUACAAUUUACGGCACCGGUUAAUAUUUCGGAAGGUGGCAGACGUCAAGAGGGAAAAAGAACUAGCGGAGAGAAGGAAAAACGAACCCCAGCUCGAUCAAAACCAAGACCACCUCGUGAGGAAAAUCUUCUCCAAGUUCCGGAGGGAUCGGAGUCAAGCUGCUGCAACUGCGAGUGCGUCCGCCACUCAGGGACAGGGAGACGUGGAGAAAGGUGGGGAGGAAGGAAGUGAGAAGAAUAUAACGAGGGUGGUUUCGACCACGAAAUUGUCAGCUGUAGCAGAGAAGGACGAUAGUGGUGUGAAAACAAUGCUUUCGCGGCCUGGUUCAGUACGGGGGAGCAAAUGGGGCCGUUUGUUGGGUUCGGCCAGCUUAGAUUCGAGCUCAGAGAGUUCCAACCAAGCCGGUACCGCUUUUCAACGUAGUCUCAGCGCAAAAGAUCCGAAAGAUAGACCCAGUUCGUCAUCGUCAGGUAGUUCUGGAAGUCAGCCAACUGCUGGAUCGGGAAAUAAGGUUUUCCCCAAGUUACAGAAAGUAUCGGCCACUUCAAAUCCAGCCAUAACUAGGCAGGACACCAUCGAUGAAAUGAAUGAAGUCGAACCUCCCCGAAACUUAUCCCUAAGAAAAAUGCAGAGUUACGACUGUGGUUUAAGAGAUCCCUCUACAGCCUCAAUGUAUCAAACCGUCCCAGACCCAAUCGCUCCACUAGAAUAUAAGGAAUUACUUACCAAUCUGAUGGAUUUUAAAGUAGACGUAAAACUCGAGAUCCAAAAGAUGAACCAAAAAAUGAACCACAUGGAGGAGAUGAUGAGCGAAAUCCUGAAGCGUCUCAGUCCCGAGACCAGUUCCAGUUCCCAAUCGCCCAACGACUCGACCGAUAACUUGUCAGUGAAGAAGUCUUCCACGCCACUGGAAAGACCCUCCGACCUUCUGCCAGGGAAGGGCGUGGGUGGGGUCGAGGGUACAGGUCUCGGGCCCAUCAUACUGAAGAAAAGAAGGUCGAAGACGAGAAUGAAAGGAUCGGCGCCAAAGGUGCCGACAACUCCCACCACUACAACUGGCACGGGCAAGCCAACUUCACCCGAGAGUUCGGCAACCAGUCCCACAGAAACGACCAAGAUGCUACAGGAACAGGUCCAGACACCGUCCUCACGUAAACCCAAGGAGUUUCUCUAACGGUCGCUGAGUUUAACUCAUGUCGAAGGUCGCUUCUGUUUUAAACGGCGCAAAAGCGGCUUGAGCUGCUUCGCCAAGGGGGAU